UCCUCCCUCAUCAUUUUGCCUGAGUCCUCUCUAGUGACACCAUGGGUUGCUGUGGUUGUGGUGGUUGCAGUGGUGGCUGUGGUGGCUGCAGUGGUGGCUGCGGUGGCAGCUGUGGUGGCUGUGGUGGCUGUGGUGGCUGCGGUGGCUGUGGCAGCUGCACCACCUGCAGGUGCUACCGGGUGGGCUGCUGCUCCAGCUGCUGCCCCUGCUGCCGCGGCUGCUGUGGAGGCUGCUGCAGCACACCCGUGAUCUGCUGCUGCCGCCGCACCUGCAGCUCAUGUGGUUGUGGCUGUGGGAAGGGCUGUUGUCAGCAGAAAGGAUGCUGUCAGCAAAAGUGCUGCUGCCAGAAGCAAUGCUGCUGCUAGGCGGGGCAGCCUGGCUCGGCCUCUAGCCUAAGAAAUGCUGAGGCUUUCUUCACAGAAUUUGGUGAAACUUUCCUCCACUCUACCUUUCUGCUUCUGUCCUGCCUCAUCUACCUGGAUGCCUUGGAAUUGCUCAUCCUGUCCCUUGUGGUCUGAAGUCUCAGGGUUGUUUUUCUUCCUUUGUGGUGGUAUGACUGCUUCCAUUUCUUCUCCCUGUAUCAGGACUUAGCAUUAUGCUAUUAUGCUACUGUGCUGCUAUGCUAUUAUUCUCUGUCAUUUUUGUAAUCUUGUCUUCAUUGGGAAAAAGACAAAAGAUUAGCAUAUAUUAUCAACAGAAGUGUGGAAGCACAGCCACCCACAUCAAAAAUCUGUUUGUAUUAUGAGCUUAACAAAAUAAAAUCGUGAAACCUAA